AUGGUGAUGACUGAGGUGGAGAUUGUGGCGGAGGCUGUGGAAAUGGAGCUCGCGUUGCCGGCAGUCAAACCGUGGGGCUUCCCAUCCCCGUCGCUUUUUGCAGCCCCCGCCACCGCUGCCACCGCCCUCCUCCCCGCCCUCGCCCUCGCCAUUGUGCCGCUGCCGUGGCGCGCCGCCUCCGCCGCCGCCGGCCUUUCACCGCCAGUCUCUGCUAUAUUAACCGCCACCGCAGCCUCCGCCGCCACUGCAAGCUCUCCGCUCUCCGCUUCCACUUCCUUCACUCAAGGCUCCAUGGCUCACCUGGUAAGUGCUGCCGCCUGCUGGGCUGCUGGGACGCGGGAAAAAGGUACGAUAGAAUUCUCGAAAUCGGGCAUUGGAGAACUCAUGUGCUUCAAAGAUGUAUUAAUCUGCCGUCAGCGCUUAAUGUUUAAUAGACUUAAUGAAGUAGGAGCUGAUACAAUAGACAACGUAGCGGUCGGCGUCGCAGUGGGCGGCGCCGCGGACGCAGACAAGGGCAAGCGCGAGCUGGGCGCCGGUGGGUACGCGGCGGUGGCGGCGGGCAGCAGCGGUGGCGGCGGCGGAGGCGACUACGCCGCGGCGGCCACGUCGGGCGGCGGCGGCGGCUACGGGGGCGGCGGCGACGUCAGCGGGCACGACCUGAGCGCGGGCUACGCGGCCGCCGCCGCCCUCGAGGCGCAAGCCUCCCACGGCGGAGGCGGCGGCGGAGGCGGGGCAGGCUACGGAGGCGGUGACGUCGGCGGCUACGGCGCUAGCGCCGGCGGCUACGGCAGCUACGCGCCCAGCGCGAGCUACGCCGUCAGCGGAGGAGGCGGCGGCGGAGGCUACGACGCGGGCGGCGCUGGGCUGGACGCCGGCCACAGCGGUGGAUACGGCGGAGGCAGCGCUGGAGGAUACGACGCACACGCGGCCGCUCUGUCGGCGGGCGUGGGCGGCGGUGACGCGGGCGGCCACGGGGGCGCGGGCGGCGCCGACGGCCACGCCCUGGCGGCGUUGGCGGCGGCGGCCAUCGGCGGCGGGCACGGCGGCGGCGGCGGCGGCCACGGCUUCGGCGGCUCCUUCGGGGGAGGCAUCGGGGCCGGCGGCUUCCACGGCGUCGACGGAGGCACCAAGCACAUCGUCAAGCAGGUGGCGGCGCCGCACAUCAAGGUGAUCAAGGUGCCGUACCCCAAGCCCAUCCCCGUCGCCGUGCCCAAGAGCCUGCCCAUCCCCGUGCACCACGCCGUCGUCAUCCCCGUCAAGGUCCCAGUUCCUGUGGAAGUGCCCAUCUACAAAGCCAAGUACGUGGAAGUAGAGAAACCCUACCCGGUCACCGUUGAGAAGAAGGUGCCCUACCCGGUGGACAAGCCCUACCCUGUGACGGUUGAGAAGCACGUCCCAGUGCACGUACCCAAGCCCUUCCCCGUGCACGUACCGGUCUACAAGCACGUCUACCACGUGCCCAAGGGCGCCAGCAGCGGUGGCGGCGGCGGUGGCGGCGGCCACGGCUGGCACUAAGUGCAUCGCCUCAUCCAUCUCACUUGCCGCUCAUCACGCACGCACGCGCUCCAAGACCACGCGUGCGGUCACGUGUGGGCGCGUGUCAUCCAGUCACGUUCCUCGCGCCGCACGAACGUCCCUCGCCGGGAGUCGAACCCAACCCUUCAUGCUUCGGUUCCUUCAUCUUCCAUUCAUCUUCGCGAUGCGACCUCACUCUGUACACACAAGUUGUUUGUUGACGUUUUGUUUUUCGCUGUGUUAAGUUUGUUUUGUUUUCGUUUACUGUAUAUAAGCAAUCAACC